UUGUCCCUAGAGUGAGCCACAGCUGACCCUGCCUCUUCAGGAGACUCUCCAAUACAAGCAGAAAGAGAAGAGGAAUCAGUGCAAAUGAAGGUCCAUUUGGAAUUCCAAUAGAAGAAUCAAGCACAGCCACCACCUCCCACAACUGAUAACUGUGUAUGUGGACAGACGUGCCUUCAGAAAUAGUUUUUAAAAUGGCUGCUGUGAUGGAAAGAGGUCCGUACACGGAGUCAGAUUUGGUUUGAAGGCCAGAACCAGUCACCUACUGAGGUAGGAGGGAAAGUUCCUCUCCCUGACAACUGCUGCAGUAUCUACCUCACAGGGACGUUGUGAUGUCGAAACCACUAUGAAUACUGGAGGCGCAGCCAGGACAUUCACUCAUUGGCCAAGGCGUCCGUUCUACCAGCCAAGACAUGGAUCCUUCCUGCCUAGAGUCCCACCCCACCCUAGAGUCUGACCCGGAAGGCCUAGACUUCAACUCUGCUGGCCAAGACUGUUUCUCCUCUGGUCACGAGUUCGACUCUGUCUACCAAGAACUGGACCUGGACUCUCUUAAUGAAGAUCUUUCUCAGUCUAUGCCAGACGCCUUGACAGAGACCUCUGCAGGCCCUUAUGAAUCCCACUCGACUGCCAAACCAGAGGAUCUUACUGAGGCAGAGCAGAAGGAGCUCAAAUCUGAGCUCACUAAACUGGAGGCAGAAAUUGUAACACUACGCCAGGCGCUGGCAGCUAAAGAAAGACGCUGCGUGGAGCUCAAGAGGAAGCUGGGCCUUACGGCCUUAGUGGGGCUGAGGCAGAAUCUGUCCAAGAGCUGGCACGACGUUCAGGUCUCCAACGCCUACGUGAAACAAAAGACGUCAGCUGCCCUGUCCACCAUGAGCUCUGCCAUCUGCAGGAAGCUUGGAGACAUGAAGAAAUCAGUCACAUUCAGAUCCUUUGAAGGUCUUAUGGGGACAAUCAAGUCCAGAGUCGCGGGUAGCAGAGAGCUUGGCCGUGACUGUCUUCCUUCUUCAGCGGGGAGUGGGGAUGAUCCACUCCCAGUUUCUGGGAGUAGGGAUGAUCCGCUCCCGGUGUCAGGGAGUGGGAAUGAUCCAGUUCUGGCAAGUAGGGAUGACCUACCCCCCUUUCUGGAGCCAGAAUGA